GUUAUGAAUUUUUACCGACGGCCCUGUCGCAUAACCAGUUAUUGCUAUAUCUAUUUCUGGUGAUUUAGCCAACAGUCGGCGAAAUUAUAUAGCAACGAUGCCGCCAGCCCGAGGCCGUGCAGCAUGCAAUAUUUGCCGAUCACGAAAACAAAAGUGCGAUGGGAUCAGGUAUGGUAGCAAGUUGCUGCGUCAAUGGACCAAGUGCUUAUGUUAGAAGGCCAGCAUGCUCAAGAUGUCGAAGCUUCGGUUCCCAGUGUACUUGGCCAACAGUCUUGAAACGGGGUCCGCCGAAAGGGUAUACGAAAGCAUUGGAAACGCGGCUUCGGGAGACUGAACUGGUUCUGAUACGGCUCCUACAUUCAACAAAUGAUAAGGACUUAUUAACUCGUGCCUUCAAUGACGACGCUAAGGACUUAGUCAACGGGCAAAUCACCGAGCACAACUCAUCAGGCAUAGGCGAACAGAAAAUGCUAGCGCUGAUGGAUCAUUGGGAGCGCUUCCCCCUCAGGACAGCUGAUAACGUUGAGCAGUGGAUUGAGCAAGUCACAAAGAACUCUGUUGUGCAAGAUCGGGUUGAAAAUCAGCCGAAUGAGGAGAUGCCGGAACUAUCACAAGCAGUGAAACCUUCUGACAAUAUCAAUCAUCAGCCCGAGGCUGAUAUUCAGAGCCACGUCGGUACUGGGGAUGAUCUGUCGGUUGAAAGUCCUUGCCAUGACCAUGCAGUCGACCAAGACCCAAUAUCCCAGGCACCUAUGGAGAUUGCAUCGGUAGACAUCAUACACGCUCCUGAACCAGCAGAUGUAGCCAAUAAGUUGCAAAAUAUCACCACGUCUCAUGGGAUUGAACUACCAGCAGACUUCAAACAACAAUUUCUAUGGUAGCGUGGAAUGAUGCCAGAUAGUCUUCUUAUUUAUUCCAGAUAUGGUGGCCCUAAAUCCUCCUAUUCUUUGGUUCUGGUCAGAUGUGCAAGGAAGAAACCAUACAGGUACUAUUAUUCUGCCAUGAGAUGAAAAGUUAAAAAUCCAAAAU